AUGAAGUGCAUCCUUGUGUUCGCCUGCCUUUCAAUUGCCCUGUGCCUAGCUGCUCCUGCUCCGGAUGCAGAGAUUGUUAACCAGGUGUCCGAUGUCAAUGCCGAUAGCUAUAGCUACAAGUUUGAGACGAGCGAUGGCACCAAGCAGGAGCAGCACGGAUCACUGAAGAACCUUGGUCCCGAGGACGAUGCCUUGCAGGUGGCCGGAUCCUAUAGCUUCGUGGAUCAGGACGGACAGACGCAUACCAUCAACUACGUGGCGGAUGAGAACGGAUUCCAACCCCAAGGCGAGGACAUUCCCCAACUAUGA